AUGGACGCCCCGAAGCGGCCGAGCGAGCGGCAGGUGGCGGUGGAGCUCCCUGUGCCUUUGCGCCCCUCGCGGCGGCCAGACAGCGGGCGGUCAUGGCGCAAGCGGAGGUCGCCCUCACGGCGGAAAGACCCCAAGGACCUGGUGACUCCCGUGCACGGCAGCUCUGACCCGGCGCCUGUGGCUGGGUCCAUCGUGUCGGGGCCCGGGCAGUUCCGGAACUACGCCGCGGACGCAGCCUACCUGGAGACGGACCCGCUGCGGCAUGGGCUGGACGCCAAGCAGGUGGCGACCACCCCCUUUGCCAUGGGGCCGAAGAGUAACUCCCCGUCACCGUCGCCCAAGCCGCAAACCGCCAGCUUCCGGACGCUGGACAUCUCCAAGGCCAACGAGGGGCGCCAGAACUGGACGCGAAUUGACACCUUCCUGACGCCCUGCGGUCACUCCAACGAGGACGAGUUCGGGCGGCCAUCGCCAAAGCGAGGGACUAGCCGCUCAAGAAAUGAAGCUAGUGCGAAGAGCUUGGCGCAGGACAUCUUCGCGGAUCUCUCGGACAAGUUCGUGGAGCUGCGGCGGCAGAUCCACGAAGACACGCAGCAGCUGGUGGGGCCCAUGCAGAAAGAGCUGGACUCCGAGAUCUCCAAGACCCGAGAGCUCCUGCAAACCUUGCGCAGUGAGAAUCUCAAGUCCGCGGAGGAGAUCAGGCGGCUCAGAUCGCUGGAGCAGCACAAGCAGAUGCUGCAGGCUUACCCUGCCCCAGUGGAGAAGGAGAUCUUUGAGGCAGAGUUCAAGCGCACCCACGACGCAAUUCAGGAACUAUCAGGUAGCAUGUCCACGAUCAGAGACGAGAUCUCCGCCCUCAAGACUAGUGAUGUGGGGACGCCGAGCCGAGCUCCCAGCAUUCGGAGGAUGCAGACCAUGAACUCAGACAAGCUUACCCCAGCAGCCAUGGAUGGGGUCUUGGAUGAGAUGCGAGAGAUCUUCCAGGACAUGGAUUUCUCUUGGCUGCUGGAUGGCAUCCGGGACCUCAUCCCGGUGGCUGCCUUCAGGGAAUCCUUCCAUCUCAUGGAGGAGCAGCUGCAGGAGCUCAGGGGGCAGCUCCGCAGUGUCCACCAGGAAGUGCAGGACAAACACGCCGAGGUGGACUUCACUCCCGUCAUUGAGGCGAUCGAAAGCGGGCAGAGCGCAUCGAAGAUCACCUCGUCGCUGGAAGGAAUCUGGACUUCUGUUGACACCCUGAAGGAGGAUGUGGCCAGACAUAGGGAAGACUUGCCUUCGGCGAUGUGGGCUCAGCAGCCCUCGGUGGAUUUCUCGCCAGUCUUCCAGUGCAUCACGGAGAAUAAGGUGGAGGUGGACCUUUCGCCAGUUCUCACGGCUCUGCAGGAGAUGGAUGGCAAGGAGGAUCUUCGCAGGCAGUUCGCUGAGAUCCUGGAGGAGAUCUCCCAGAAGUUGGGCCACCCGGACUUCUCUGAGCUGCUGGAGGCUCUGCGCACCACGAAGCUCCGAGUUGACUUUGCGGGAGUUCUGGCCAGCAUUGCAGAGGAGUCAGAGACCAUUUGCAAGGUCAUCUCAGAUGAAGUGAAGCCUAUGCUGUCCAACCUGGAGCAGUCCAAUCAGGCGAUUACGGAGCAACUGCAGGAGCUGAGCCAAGACAAGGCGGUGAUCAAUAACGUUACCGCCGUGAAGGAUAUGAUGUUGCGAACCUCCCAGCAGGUCACAUUGCUGACCCAGACUCUGAACGAGGAGAAGGAAGACUUGCCAGUCAAGGUGGAUUUCAGCCCCGUUCUCGAGGCGAUCGCUGCCAACCAGGUCCAAAUCGACUUCUCGCCCAUACUGUCCGCCAUCAAGAAGAAUUGCGACUUCAGCAGUCUUUCCGAAGAUGUAGGGCGAGUUAUCAAGAGCAUCAAUGAGAUGAAAGUGCAAGUGGACUUCACUCCCAUGCUACGUGCCUUGAGGGACCACAAAGUUGACACCGUCUUCGAGAUCCUGACAGCCUUCCGUGACCAAUGCACGGAUGUGGGGCAGGUGAAGGACACUGUGGUGAGCUGCUGCCAAGAGACCAACAGCAAGCUGCUGGAGCUUCAGACGCUUCUAGAGGCAGAGUCCAAAGAGGCGCUGACAGCCGGAUUGCUGCAAGCGAUCCAAGAAAAGGAGUCGCAGAUUGACCUGUCCGCUCUCUUGACCAGCAUGGAGCAGAACAGGUCUGAUAUUCUGGCCAACAUGGAGCACGAUAAAUCCGAAAUGAGGGAGGAUUUGUACCAGAUGCAGGUCAAAGUGGAGGAAGGCCUGGACUCCCUGGGGCAUUCCGUGGAGUCUGUGGGGCAGUCAGUCACUGCAGUCACCGCAGAGCUGAAAAGCACCCAGCAGAAAACGGCGUCAGAGUCGGAGGGCAUCAUGAAGGCUCUUGAACUUAUCGAGGUCAAGCCGCAGGUGCAGGUGAACCUGUCCGAGGUGUCAGGCGCUGUGGAGGAGAUCCAGCGCAAAGUCGAGGAAUUUGACCAGCGUGUCAUGCAGGCCAUCCACCAGCAGGUUGCGGGCCAAGAUCAGCUGCUGGCCGGCGUCGCGGAGAUCUCCACGCAGUCGCAAAGGCACGCAGAGUCCCUGGAGCUGCAGCGGCAGAAAACAGAUGAGGUGCUGGAGGCGGCCUCGGCACCGGAGAAAUCGCUGGAGAGCCUCUCCCAAAACCUCACGCAGGUGCUGGAAUGCAUUCAGCAACGGCCAACAAAAGCCGAGAUGGGCGAGCAAUUUUCCUCCUGGUUGCAGCAUUUGCAGGUGGAUUUGCAGGCUUUGAGAAAGGAGCAGGAACUCCUCCCUCCGCCGGUGGACAUCGCGCGCCAGAUCUCUGAUGCCAUGGAGGCUGCCGACAAGAGCGGCAAGCCGGCGGUGCAGAUCGCAGUCAAGGAGCAGUUGCAGAAGUUCAAGCAGGACUUUCUCAUCAAGCUCGAGGCCUGCCUGCAGGAUCAGCACUCCCAGAGCCAAGCGCAGAUGUCUGAGCUGGUUGAAGGGCAGGUGCAGAAGCUCCGGGAAGAUUUCCAUUCGCAGAUUCAGGACCGUCGUGCUGACCAAUCUGACCGGUCCGAUCGCGCCGACGUGCUUCCGGCCACGCAGGUUCAGGAGCUGCAGAAGUCUGUUGCAGAAGCUAUCAACAAGAUCCAGCCGAGCGGUGUGGACUUGACGCCCGUCCUAGAUGGCCUUCGAAAGAACCACGAGCUCACGCAGGGCCUGGGUCACUCCUUGCGCGCUUGGCGCGCAGAGCUGAGACCAAGCUCCUCAGGGUCGGUCAGAUCGACGACGAAGCCGUCACAGGCGGAGAUUGCGGCGGCUGAGGCGGCCGCGGCCGAGGCCAUCAGGGCAUACCAAGCGGCUCAGACAGCUCAACCGGUUGUGCCGGCGGAACCCCUCGCGGCAGCCCAGAGAGCAGAAGCAGAGACAGAAGAGACAGAAGCAGAGGCUGGGGGUGAAGAGACGGCAGUGGCAACGUCCGGUGGGAUCUGGGAGCUCCAUCAAAUGCUGUCGGAGACACUGUCGGAGAGCUUCCAGAACCAAGGGGAGCUUCUAAAGCGGCUCUUCGAGGAGCGGGGUUUGGAGAUUGACCUCUCGCAGAUCAUCGCAGCGUUGAACCGCCAUGGUGCCGAUGUGGAAGCGGCGCUGCGGGCGAUCCACGACCAGCUUCGGAGGGCGGAGUUCCUGCAGCGAGCGGCUUCGGGGCCCCACGACGCCAUCAACAUCCGGAACGACAUCGCGCCCGCGGACCGCAUCCAGGAGGACAAUUCUGGAGAGGUGCUUUCGGCGGUGAGGGACCUCCAGAGGAGCUUGGACUUGUCCUACGAGUUCUCGGCUGUGCUGACUGCGAUACAGGAGCAAGACUUUACGCCCGUCUUGGCCGCUUUCCACGACCAGAGGGCGGAUCUCAGCACGCAGCUUGAGGACGUGCGGGCGACGCUCCAAAAGGUUUUGGAGCGGCCGGAGGCGCCGCGGCGCCCCGAGUCGGCCGCACGGCGGCCGGAGUCGGCGCCGAGGAGGCCUAUGUCCGUGAAGGUCGGCGAGUCAGAGCUAGCUGUGAUCCUUGAUGCGAUCAAGGAGCAGAAGGUCUCCAUCGAUUUUUCGGUGGCCCAAGUUCUCAACAACAUCCAGCAGAAGCAACAAGAGACGUUGGACAAGUUAGUGCUAACAGACCAGCAGCUCAAUGCGCUGAAAGAGGCGUUGAGGCGGCUCAACGGCCAGGAGGGGCGGCCGCGCAGCGGGGUGGCCACCUCUCCCCGGUGCCAGCCCUGGCUGCAGCUGCCUGGGGCGCCAUGGAUCCCUCCUGGCAUCCUGGGGCUGGAGAAGCCUGGCUGA